AGGACUUACUGCAAAGGUCCUUACUGCUGCUAUUAAGGAAUAAUCCAGGAGGGAGAAGAUGGAAACAAACACUCUGACAUCCAGUAUCCAGUCAGGAGAUGCUGUGACCUUCCCCGAUGUAGCUGUGAGCUUCUCCCAGGAUGAGUGGCUGUGCCUGGACCCCUCUCAGAGGAAUCUCUACAGAGAUGUGAUGCUAGAGACCUACCAGCACCUGCAGGACAUAGGGCAUUGUGGGGUGAAGCCUGCGAUUAUCUUCUGGUUGGAAGUUGGAGACCCUGGAAUGCUACAGAGAGGCAUGUUUCCAGAUGGUGGACCACAAGUUCCGAUAGAGACAUUUCAACAAUUUGAUUUUGGAAUGGAAUAUCCAAAAAAGUUUGAGAUGUGCAGAGUAUGCUGA